AUGGCUCUCACUCGCCAGCAGGUUUCAGCCGCUCAACUCGAUGGCGAGUAUAAAAUCAAGCCAGAGUCGGCUGCCCCUAAACUCGACACCUCGGAAUGGCCGUUACUAUUAAAAAACUAUGACAAGCUUCUUGUCCGCUCCAGUCAUUUCACGCCCAUCCCACAAGGCUGCAGUCCUCUCAAGCGAGAUAUUACCUCGUAUAUCAAGUCAGGCGUCAUCAACCUCGACAAACCUUCGAAUCCCUCUUCACAUGAAGUUGUCGCCUGGUUAAGGCGGAUCCUCCGCGUGGAAAAAACCGGCCACAGCGGUACCCUCGACCCCAAGGUCACAGGGUGCUUAAUUGUAUGCAUUGACCGUGCGACACGGCUGGUGAAAUCGCAACAAGGCGCGGGCAAGGAGUAUGUUUGCGUAUUACGUCUACACUCCGCGCUUCCCAACCCCGCUGCCCUCCCGCGAGCGCUGCAGACGCUCACCGGUGCCCUUUUCCAACGACCGCCCCUCAUCUCUGCAGUCAAACGUCAACUGCGCAUACGGACCAUUCACCAGUCAAAUCUCAUCGAGUUUGACGAGAAACGAAACCUGGCGGUGUUCUGGGUGUCUUGUGAGGCCGGGACGUAUAUUCGGACUCUCUGUGUUCAUCUUGGACUUUUAUUGGGAGUCGGUGGUCACAUGCAGGAGCUCCGCCGUGUCCGCAGCGGGGCCAUGUCUGAGAACGACGACAUGGUGACAAUGCACGACGUUAUGGACGCGCAGUGGAUGUAUGACAACAACCGCGAUGAAUCCUAUCUUCGACGCGUUAUACGCCCACUCGAAUGUCUUUUGGUUGGCUAUAAGCGUAUCGUUGUCAAGGACAGCGCCGUCAACGCUGUCUGUUAUGGAGCAAAGCUCAUGAUUCCCGGGCUUUUGCGCUACGAAGCAGACAUCUCACUUAACGAGGAGGUUGUCCUGAUGACCACAAAAGGCGAGGCCAUCGCUCUUGCUAUCGCCCAGAUGUCAACCGUAGAGCUUGCGACAUGCGACCAUGGCGUUGUCGCCAAAGUCAAGCGUUGCAUUAUGGAACGCGACACUUAUCCGCGUCGCUGGGGUCUUGGCCCCAUGGCCGUGCAAAAAGAAGAAGAUGCUGAAUGGAGUCGAGAUUAUGUUGACUAUAAUCGCGACGAGCAACCCUCCGCUGGGACAUCUACAGUUCCCGUUGUAGCUCCUCCAACCACUGAAUCCGCUGCUCCCGUUGAUGAUUCGUCGAAGGAAGAGAAAAAGCGGAAACGUAAAUCUCUGGUGGUUGACGCAGAUGGAGAUGUGUCAAUGGCGGCAGCAGGUGAAGAAGAGGAUGCAGAGGCAGAACGAAAGCAGAACGAAAACGGCUAA